UAAAAAGCAGAAGUCAAUCGUUAUAUUUAGACAUCAAUAUAUUUGUCAUAAUGUUGAGCCAAACUCAUACGAAGAUUGUUGUGUAAAAACAGGUUUAAAUUAAUUAAAAUUAAAUUGCCUACAGGUUCAUACAGAUAAUCAGCUCAAUGCAAGAUAUGAAAUGAACAUGCACAGCAUUUAUGCAUUGAUUUUAGUGAUUAUAGCCUUAUGUGAUUACCUGAAUGGAGCAGCACCAUGUACUGGUUGUACAACAAGAACACUUGGUACACAGAGCGUAUAUAUAUCAUAUGGACUAAGUAGUGAGUACAGCUGUAACUGUGAUUGGACAAUACCAACAAGUAUGGACACAGAUCAUGAAACAGCAGUUGUUCUGUUGUUACAAAAUGUUUCAUUACCAAAGACAACUGGUAGUGGAAGUAUAGACUGCACUGGAGAAAUCAGAUUCCCAAGCACUGCUACACACAAAUGUGAUUUUCCAGGAAACUACUGUCUUGCAUUUGCAACUGCAUCAACCAUUUGCAACAUCAGCAAAAUCAGAGAAAAAAUUCCAGUUGUAAAUCACACCUGUGAUUCAAUCAUUCCAUGGAAUACAGCUGGAGGAAGCCCAUACGAGAUACAAUACUAUGCAAAAAACUUUGCUGGUUACACAAAAUAUUUCACACUAAAAUAUCUUGUCAUAGAUUGUCAAAAUCCAACUACAGCUCCAAAGCUAACAACAACACCAAUUGCAACAACAUUUUCAAAACUCCAGUCGUCCACCCAAACAAGUCUAGAAGAAACAAGCAUAGCCGGAAGAGAGAAAACUACUGGUGAAAUCACCAAUGGAAUCACUCCAAAAAGACAAGGCCAAAAAUCAAAUGAUACUUCCACACCAUUAACAACUAAAACAGAAUCUGAUUCAACAACAGUCAUUAUUAUUGUUGUCUGCAUAAUAGUGUUGCUUGUGAUUGGCAUUGUCAUAUUGCUGAUAUUAAGAUACUGCAAGUCCAAAAAAACAACUCCAGAGGAACCUAUCAAACUCACACAGAAGAAGGGAAGCAACCGUAGCAGUGAAAAAGUAAUGGUUGACAACAUACUUUACAGCACAGCAGACGCCAAUAGUGUCCCAGAGAAAAAAGAAGUCAAUGGCAAUGAUGACACAGAUGUUGCAGCUUUAUACUCAGUUGUGCAAAAGAAUAAAACUGAACCAGAUGGAAAUAGAAUAGUCAGAGAAAAUAAAGAUACUGUGACAGUUCAAGAAGACCCGUCAUGUGUUUAUGCUGUAGUGCAAAAAUGAAAAGUGCUAUUUGGUUGUAUUAAUAUGAAGGGUUCUCACAACUGAAAUGUACGAACAACUAGCAUAUUGAAAAAGGAAAAACUAUAAGUAACAACAGUAUAACUAUUAGCAUACAUUACGAAUUUUUACAUCUUCUGUGAAUUUGAAAAUCAAUUUUUAUAUUAUCAAUUUUACCUUUUAAUAUUUGGUGUUCCGCAAGGUGAGAUAAAAGCGUAGGUGUUCCGAGGCAAAAAAGUUUGAGUAACGCUGGCCCUAAAAAUAUAAUAUCAAGUAUUUAUAUAUAUUUCACUUCAAUAAAUCUACAGUAAUCUAUAUUUCUUUUAUUAUGAAAGAUUAUAUGCCUUUCGCUCCUAUAUUUUCUUGACAUUAUUCAUUAUAAUAUAAUGUGUUCCUUUAUUUAUAUUGUUUACAUAUUUAAGCAUUAUUCGAUUGUAAUAUUUGUUUUUCUCUCCAAUUUCUAUUUCUGUAGCGUUCCAUGAUUGAUUAACAAGCUCUUAUAUAUUCCAACAAUCAUUAAUGCACUGACAAAAAUAA